AUGUUGUUCCUUACAGUUAGCUGUGGAUCAUUGAGUGAUCCUAUCAAUGGAAGAGUCACUACAACAGGGACCACCCUCUCAAGCAUUGCUACCUACACCUGUGACACUGGCUACACACGUAGUGGAGAUAUGACCAGGACUUGUCAGGCUAAUAGAGACUGGACUGGGUCAGAACCUUCCUGUAAUCCUGUUGACUGUGGUUCCCUGGACGCCCUCUCUAAUGGAGCAGUGGACACAUCCUCUGGAACCACCUUCAUGAUGACUGCUACCUACACCUGUAACACUGGAUACACUCUCAUUGGAGCAAACACUCGGACUUGUGGUAUUGAUGGACAGUGGACUCCAGAUGCUCCAACCUGUUUACAGCUCCUAGCUGUGAUCACCUCCAGUGGUGGUCCAAUGGCUGGUCAGAGUUUCUCCCUCACUUGUUCCCUGAGUGGAGGGGCCUCUCUACAACCCACCCUCUCCUACCAGUGGACGAGGGAGGGAGGGUCACUCAUGACCAGCACAGCAACCCUCAACUUUGACACUCUCUACUUGUCAGACGCUGGUCACACUCAACAUUCAACUUUUCGUCUGGAUGGAAUAACAAACUGUGAGGUGUACAUUGACUUAGAGACAACGGCCAAAGCCAGUGACAUCACUACAAGACUAUCUCAAGGUGUUGAAGGAUUGUGUGCUUGUGGGUUCAGCCCCUCCCUUCUCACUGACGAGUUCAUUGAUUGUUUCGAGGGCUCCUCUAGUCAUGUGACCUACAGAGUUGUUUUGACUGGAACAGAGAAUGUAUCUGCUGUGGAAUUAAUUUCUUUAACUGAACAAUGGAUCAAGGACACUCGAAGCAUCAUAGUACAAAGUACCCGACUUGGUUUGACAAACACUUGCCCUAUGGUGAUCACUGACAGAAAUAGUCCAGAGUGCCCUGAGGACAUCACUAAUCGGACAACUGCUACUACCUCACCCACAGAGAGUGUAGUGGUCAAUGUUGGUGCAGUGGCUGGUUGGGUGGUUGCUGGAGUCUUGGUCAUUGCUGUGCUAGUACUGAUCGUAUUGCUUGUGCUGGUUAUGCUGUUGUUACUAAGGCUACGGAGGUCUGGAUCCAAGGACAUGAGUGAUGAGAAGACAGGCAGCCAACCAACACAACUACCCCCAGUGGUGAUGAGUCAUCUCCCCUCCCAUGAUUACGAGGGGUUGAGCAAACUACAAGAGGAGGCUACCUAUGAGGUGGUGGACCAGCCACGCCCCCCUCCUCCUGCAGACUACCAGCUCUCAGCCUGUGCAGCUUAUGCACCCACUGACUGCAACACAGAGAACAAGUAGACACUGUAACAACACAGUCUAGUUUGUCAAUGUAUGUGUCACUGUUUAUGUAGUUUAUAGCAAGUUGUUAUUGAUCUUAGAUAUUGUCUACUGAAGGCAAAGAUCGAUUAUUAUUCAUUGA